AUCCUACUCAAUCAGAGAUUCACCCACAUACGAACCCUACACAGAUUCGUAAUGAUUCGUCGACGAGCUUGUCAGAAGAGCAAGAAGUUGGGAAUUUUGUGAUUGAAUUUGGCAAUUCUGAAGAAAAUGCAUCGGAGUCUAGUUCUUCUCGAUCUCAUAAGGAGGAGCUAUCUCUAGCACAGUUGCAAAGAGGAUCAUUGUUACAUACACGGUUGGUGAAGUUUCUUUUUCCACACUAUGGCGGAUCCGAUCACCAAGAAACUUUAGCGAUAAGUGAAGAAAAUUACGAAUACCUACGACAAAUUUUACUGAAAAAAAAAAGAACACUUCUCCUUAUAACAUACUUUUUGAAAACUGAAACAUUAUCCAGCCAAAAAGCAAACGUAAUAUCAACCAGCUCAUAUACUAAUACCAAUAAUAAGGUUCCUCCAAAAAAAUUGACACCUGCAGAAAAACUUCGUUUGAAGCUUCAAAUGGGUUUGAAUAGACAAAUUCAGGUGGAUGAGAAAAAGAAAAUUCAAAAGGAACGUGAGCAGAAAUUUGAACGCUUGGGAAGUGAGGAAAUUGAAAAACAUUUAAUAAAAUCUGCUAGCAAAAAGUUUAAGAGGUCUAUAUCACGUGAACGGUACCGCAAAACUAGCGCGAAGUCUAAAUCAUCGCACCGCUCAUCUUCUGUUGAUACAAUAAGAACAAGUAAGAGAAGACGACGUCGCUCCCGUUCAAUAUCAUCCACAUCUUCAAGAGACGAACUAGAAAUGUACCUCGCGUGA